GGAGAAGGCAAUGGAAAGAUCACAAGGGAUGCGGAGCUACACAGAAGAUACUUACGGACAGGGGGGCCGACCGACUGACAGACAAGGCGGGACCGAGAGGCAAGAGACGGGGAGACGAAGGUAAGGCGAGGGUGGGGAGUGAGUCCAGUGUCUACAGACGUUCUGUGCAUCAGCCGUUCUCGUGGUCAGACGUUUUGGGCAUCAGCAGAGGCUUAGGGCUUUCCAUCGCACCGCGAGUGACCCAGAGAAAAAUGGCGCAUCAACAUCAAGAAAGACGCAGGCGGGAAUGUUCUCGGGAGACCGUGACAACGAUGCAAAAGCUGCGAGGUGCACCGAUAUCUGCAAACCCGGCGGUUUUCUUCUACUUAGACAAUGUCUGCUUGAAGCAGCUUCCGCAGUAGGCGAGAGCCCGCAGUCCGAGGCGAAUGCAAUUUUGAUUGAAGUUGGAGCAGCAGACUGCCCUGCUGAUUUGUUAGUGUGAGCGUCGUUGAAGUUGGACUUACCUCUUCUGGCAUACGCUGUUGAUUUGUAGCGUUAUUAUGCACGUCGUGCUGGAGCAACGUUUGCUAACAUACCAUGCUGAUUUGUGACGUAAAUAUGAGCGACUUUGAAGAAAGUUUUCGCUACCAUACCAGCAUGCUGAUUCCUGAGUUUGAAAACGUUUCCUUCAACUUAAACACUUCACAGAUUAGCUCCAAUCACAUCAUUUCUCAACCUAUCGUGGACCACAUAACCCAUAUUGAAGCAUGAUGUACGUCUAGACCUUCACGAAGAAUGUGAUAGACAACCUUUACACUUCCAACUGAUGAAAUCAUUGUCUACACACAAUGACUUGUCAGGAAAUGAAUUCCCAAAAAACGAC